GGCACCGUCAGACAAAGCACAGCUGGAGUUAACCAUGAAGGGAAUCGAAGCAGUGACUCUAAGCUGCCUCGUCGUAGCUGUCUCGGCGAGCAAGCUGGGAGGCUUCUUCCCUGGCGGCGGCAUCCAAGGAGCUGGUUUCCAUGGUAGCGGACAUCAUGGAGGAGGGAUCCACCAUGGUGGUGCCCUUGGCGGAGGAAUCCAUCCUGGUGGUGUCCACGGAGGAGGAAUCCAACCUGGUGGUUUCCAUGGCGGUGGCAUCCAAGGUGGUGUAAUCCCCGGAGCUAGUGGUAUUAUCGGCGGCGGAAUCUCUAAUGGCCCAAGCGAGUGCAGAUAUUGGUGCAGGACUCCUGAGAAUCAAGCCUACUGCUGCGAGACGGCUUAUGAACCAGAAACGCCUGUUGGCACUAAGUUCUUAGAGUGCCCAGACGUGCGCCCAACCUGCCCACAAAGCAUCCGCGCUGGGGGACCUGUACGCUGCUCCAACGACUACAAGUGUGCCAACUUUGACAAGUGUUGCUACGACAGGUGUCUCAAGGAACACGUAUGCAAACCCCCUUCAAUCUUCGGCGGCCAUUUUUAAAGGGCUUCAGUCGAAAAGUGAUGUAAGCUUUCUGCCAAACAGUAAAUAAACCGAUUAUUCAUGCCAUUCCCAAUAAAGGAGUUUGUAUCGAA